CAUAUUGUUUAUUGAUAGGACACCUGUCUUUACUUUCUGAUGUCAGAAUUGAAAGUUUGAUCAUGGACCCCCGUACCAGUUGCCAGGAUGUAAUGCGAUGUGAUCUGUGUGAGACCGCUGUAGUACAGAUGCACUGUGAUACAUGUCUUGUCAACCUGUGUAAGGCCUGUGUGGGAGAACACUUCUCUGCUGAUCUUUCAAAACCUCAUAAAAUUGUUGACUUCAAGGACAAGAAUUCUACUCCUUUUUACCCUGGAUGUACAUUUCAUGACAAAGAACGAUGUAAAAUGUACUGUAGGUAUUGUAACAUUCCUGUAUGCACGAAGUGUAUUUCAUCUGAUCAACAUCUAGGUCAUAGGUUUUCGGAAAUAUGUGAAAUUCUGGAUGAAAGAAAAGACAAACUAAGCAGAGAUCAAACAGAAUUAAAUGAAGUUAUGUACCCAACCUACCAGGACAUUGCCUCUGAUGUACAACACAGAAUGAACCAGUUAGAAAAUGAAUAUGGAGAUCUUUCAACAGCCAUAACAAAACAUGGAGAGGACUGGCACGUAGAAAUUGACAAACUUGUCAAGAACCUUCAAGUUGAAGUUAAUGAGAUGAAAAACACACAGAUUCAGACUCUACAGAAACAUUUGGAUGAAAUAAACAAUACAAUUGUUGAAAUCAAAGAAGAAAUCAAUUCCAUAGACAAAUCUCUUACUUCUCACGAUACUUCUAAACUAUUUAGCACUACAUUCAACGCAGAUAAGUACAGCCAGCUACCACAUAAAAUUGUGGUCUCUACACCUACAUUCACUCAAGGCAGAAUCAAUGAACAGCAACUCGGUAAACUGUUUGGAACUUUAUCUUCAACCUCAUUAUCCUCAGAAGAGAAAGGCUAUAGCAUGAAGACCACAAAGAAAUCACCCGAAGCUGGAUCCUCUCCUCCAGUCAAACAGCUGCUUGAUGAACCGGAGACUGUAACCACCAUAAACACUGGGUAUGAAUACCUUUACAAUGUGGCCUGUCUGAGUGAUGAAGAAAUCUGGACAAGUGGAGAUGACAGCACAAAGAAACUCUUCAGCAUCAAUCAAGGAUCACUACUAAAGACAAUCACAACCAAGUCAGGAGACAGGCCAUCCGACAUAGCAGUGACAAAAAGUGGAGAUCUAGUUUAUACCGACUUUAAUGGUAGAACUGUGAAUAUUGUGAAGAAUGAGAAGAUAGAGGAGGUGAUCAGACUUCAGAACUGGAGUCCUAAAGGUGUCUGUAGUUCAUCCUCUGGUGACCUCCUGGUUAUCAUGUAUAGUGAUGAUGACAAACAAACUAAAGUUGUUCGUUACUCUGUUUCCACAAAGAAACAAAGUAUUCAGUUUGAUAGUAAAGGUAAACCUCUCUAUUCAUCUGGUCCCUAUUACAGACAUAUUAUUGAGAACAGGAAUCUGGAUAUCUGUGUGACUGACAGUAAAGUUGGAGCAGUAGUUGUGGUCACUCAGGUCGGGAAAAUGAGAUUCAGGUACACUGGAUAUACUCCAAAGAACAAAUUAUAUGCAUUCUGUCCACAAGGAAUCACUACAGACAGUCAGAGUCACAUCCUUACAGCUGAUUAUUACAAUGACUGCGUCCACAUCAUAGACCAAGAUGGACAGUUCCUCCGUUAUUUAGACGGUGGACUGAGUGAACCCAGGGGACUGUGUACCGAUACAUAUGACAAUCUGUUUGUUGCUCGAUGGAGAAAUAAACAUGUGAAUAAAAUCAAGUAUCUUCAGUGAAGUUCAUCAGUUCACUAUAGAAAUACAAUCGCAUUGAUAUUUAAAAAUCUGACUGAACAUUUAUGGAAAUUUUGAAUAUUUUUAAAAGUGUCACUA